CAUUGCUUUAUUUCGUUUCGGUCUGCGUCAUUGUGAACGAGAUUGUGAACUCGGGAGUCGGGAACUGCCGGUUGACUUUGCAGUUUUAUGUGUUUAUCAAAUUUAUCGGCAUAUAAAAAGUUUUAGUCAUCAUGACUGAUGAAGUAGCUAAAGCCCAAGAAGCGGAUGCGACCGCUGAGGAUACCAUUUUUGGAAAAAUCCUUCGCAAGGAAAUUCCUUGCAAAUUCAUCUACGAAGAUGACAAAUGCGUCGCAUUUCACGAUAUCUGCCCUCAGGCUCCGGUGCACUUUCUGGUAAUUCCGAAGAAAACGAUUUCCCAAUUGUCGAAAGCCAGCGACGAAGAUGAAGCUUUGCUGGGCCAUUUGAUGCUGGUGGGAAGAAAGGUUGCCGUUGAGCAAGGCCUGGGGGAGGGUUUCCGUGUCGUCAUUAAUGAUGGAAAGAACGGUGCCCAAUCCGUUUAUCACCUGCAUUUGCACUUUCUAGGCGGUCGACAGAUGAAAUGGCCACCGGGUUAAUGUUCUAUUUCAAUCAUUGCAUUGUUGAUUAUUAUUCAAUAAACUGAUGCUUCUUAACAAAAAAAAAAA